AUGCCCACUCCAUCGACCAAGUACGCUCAGCUUGGAAAGAGCGACCUGCGCGUGUCGGUGCCCAUCGUUGGCACCAUGGGCUACGAUAAUCCUAAGUGGGCCUCUCUUCGUGAUGAAUGGACACACCUCACUCAACAAGCUGAAAGCACCUUUGAUACCGCCAACGUCUACUUGAACGGCGAUUCAGAGGGCAUUCUCGCAAAUAUCAAAGGGUCAGUACCAAACCCGCUAGGCUCUUUGGAAACCCCACGCUGGAAGUCGCUCUCGUCCUACGGUAUCAGCAAGGAAGAGCAGAUCGACGGUGAGAUGAUCACACGCGUCGAGGAGAUUGCGAAGAGGCGUGGCUGGGCGAUGUUGCAGGUGGCUCUUGCCUGGGUCUUGCGCAGCGUCUCAAGCCCUAUCGUCGGCUUCAACUCUCUCAAGCGCAUCGAGCAGGGUAUUGUGGACGGCGAGCUCACGGACGAGGAAGCCGCUUGCUGGAGGGGCCCUAUCAGCCAAAGCACGUUCGCGGCCAUGCUUGUGAGAUUUUGAGAUGCCAUGUAGUUCUCCCGUAUUUGUUUGUUGGCAAUUCUUUGAUUCCUACGACGCAGCGUUCGUGAAAGUAGGUAUAUAUAAAUUAUAUAGAACGUAUGGCAC